UUCAGUCGGCAGCUGUGUUCGACGAAGAGAAGACGACACAGAAAAUAGCGAUGGCCGAUUGGUUUGUUGUUCUUGUUCACCGAGUGAGCAUGGGGAGAAUCAUUGACUAUUAUCGCUUCUGUAAUGACUCGCUUGUAAUUUGCAAAACGUGGUCAGAUUCGUGAAACACUACUUUUUAUACCUGUACCUGAGAGUCAACUGCUGCAUUGGGGUUCUUCCAUGGCUUCACUCCAGUCUCUUCUCAAACCCGUUUCUCAUCCACUGAUUAGCCCUACAGAGUUCUUUUACGAUUUUCAAAGACCAUUGCGUUUUGCUCGACUUCUAUCUCUCUCGGUACACGAAUCGCGCAAUUCCCGACAGUUGUCUUCCAGAGGAUUCAGAAUUAGGAGUUCGAUUGCAGAUACUAUUGGUCACUCUUCUGAUGCUCCAGUGCUUAGUAGUUCAGAGGUGCUUGAAAGAUUAAGGGCGAGCCGAGAAAAUCUAGAAAGCCAGCAACAAUUUCUUGCCAUGUAUUCCAGCGUUUUUGGAGGAAUUACAACAGAUCCAGCUGCUAUGGUAAUUCCAAUUGAUGAUCACAUGGUCCACCGGGGACAUGGUGUUUUUGAUACUGCUGCCAUAGUGGAUGGAUAUCUCUAUGAGUUGGACCAGCACCUCGACCGCAUUUUAAGAUCAGCAUCAAUGGCAAAAAUAAACCUCCCAGUCCCAUAUGAUCGGGAGACGAUUAAAAGGAUACUUAUAAGAACUGUGAGUGCUUCUAAGUGUAGGAAUGGAUCACUUCGAUAUUGGCUUUCUGCGGGACCGGGAGACUUUCAACUAUCUUCUUCCGGCUGUUAUGAGCCAUCCCUUUAUGCUGUUGUAAUUCAAGGUAAGCCGCCAUCUCAUCCAAAAGGAAUCAAAGUCAUAACUUCCUCAGUCCCAAUGAAACCACCUCAAUUUGCAAUUAUGAAGAGUGUUAAUUACCUACCAAAUGUUCUUUCAAAGAUGGAAGCAGAAGAAAAGGGUGCUUAUGCAUCCAUUUGGUUGGAUAAUGACGGAUUCAUUGCUGAAGGGCCUAAUAUGAACGUGGCUUUUAUUACAAGUGAUAAGGAGUUUCUGAUGCCUCACUUCGACAAAAUCCUAAGCGGGUGCACAGCUAAGAGAAUUUUAACUCUUGCAGAGCAGCUAGUGAAAGAGGGUAGGCUUCGGAGUAUAAGAUGUGAAAAUUUAACCAUGGAGGAGGGCAAAAAGGCAGAUGAGAUGAUGCUUAUUGGGAGUGGAGUUCUUGUUUGCCCUGUACUGCAGUGGGAUGAGCAGAUUAUUGGUGAUGGAAGAGAAGGUCCAUUGGCUCAAGCGCUUUUAGAUCUUCUUAUCGAGGACAUGAAAUCCGGCCCCUCAACAGUUCGAAUACCAGUUCCAUAUUAAGCCCAGCCUACCAUCUUUCUCUCAGAAUUUGCUGAUACAUUUCCCAUGGAUGCCGCUAGUUCGAGCUACAUGGGGCAGGGAGCCCUCCACGAGUGAUGUGUAAGUGGUGAUUUUGAUGGUUGUUUAAGAAAUAAAUCAUGCUUACUGUUUGGUUCUUAACAAAUAUUUCUUCAGUGAUUGAUAUUUUCAUAACAUAUUUCGAUAAUAUGUCAAAAUAUGCCCAUAUAUAUUGUUUAUAAAAAAAAUUUAAUGAGUUUCCCGCUUGUUAUUCCUUGUUGUGUCUGUGGUGAUUUUGA